AUGCAAGGGAUAAUUUGGUGGGCUGCGCGAUGCUGCGCUGAAUUAAAAAAAAUAACCAUGGAAGAAAUCUUAGUUCAAAAAGUACGAGAACGAGUACGUACGUACUUUAACGUGUAAGCAAGUGAACUGUCAUGUACGGUAUGUGUUAUUCUUUGAAAUUACUAUCACAACAUUUCUCUGACCCAAAAGAAGCCACCAUUCCGUCGCCAUGAAUUUGUCGCUAUGAGAGGCCAAGGAACGAAGCUCUUCUUGCAGAACGAAUGUGUUCUUUUUCUCCAACAGAAAGGGACGGCGACCGCCACUUCUGCAAAUCACCAUUGGCAUGGCUGUUGGUGAUGGCAAUGCUUUUGUUUUUAAUCCUCGUUUUGGUGCCAAUGGUGUUUUCUCUUCCGAUGCUGUCAUCGUCGGUGUUCUUGUUGACUUCGGCUUCGGCGUUGUCCUUCUGCAAUCGUUGAACACGAGCCCGGAUGGUUUGGUUGUAGUGCUGCUGGUACUAGCACUAGCACUAAUCGAUGGGAUCGUCGUCGUGGUGGUGGUGGUAGCUUUUGCUGUUUCUGCUUGGCUUGUCGUCGUCGUCGUCGUUUUUGUCGAAGCCCUUGUUUGUGUCGGUUGAAAUAUGCACCCCGUGCAGCAAAAUACCCCGAGUGACAGGCUCGGGAGGAUGAUGCGGGCCUGCCCCGUGCUUCCCGCCAUUGCGUAGCAGGGGGACAGCCUGCGGCUGCACCGUUCGCACCUCUUGCCGUUCGCCAAUUGCAGCAGCCGCAUCGGUGUGGGUGUGGGUGGUUGGACCCACGGUUGUGGCAGUGCUUUCUUGGUGUUCCUGGUGCUUCUGCUUCUGCCGUUUUCGUUUUCGUUGCCGCCGAGGCCAAAGACCGACACCAGCUUCUCCACAACCAAAAAGGCGUGGUGGUCGGCCCGUGUUUUCGAAACGGUUGGUGGGCGAGGCGAGGCAGAACCGGGCGAAUCCGCACCGUACCGCGCCGAUCGAAGAACGUGAUCGUAUCGCAGGCGGGAGCGAUGGUGUGUUGCCUUGGCAGUGGAGCACAAAGAGAGCAGCGACCGAGCGUCCAGGAAGGAGAAGAUAGUCUCCACAACGAGGUCGUUGUCGAAUAUGCAUAUGCAGGUGUGGUUGUCGAGUUGGUGGUGUUCGAAUUCUUCGCGAACCGUGUUGGUGUUGCCACGUUCCGAAUCCGUUCUUGCAGAUGGCAGUGCUAGGAGCACACUAUCGUUGUUCGUUGUAUCUGUUGACGGCGUCAUGCUAUCACGAGCUUUUGUUUCCUCUCUGUUUAUUUUCUUGUUCUCUAGCUUUAUCUGAAAGGCGUGUGCCGCGGCCGUCGAGACAACAGCGCUGCGAAAUCAAUGCGAAAAGAAGAUGGAACAGAAUCCGCUGGAUCGAUUCCACGAGAUAAUAUUAUGAAAACAUCCACCCCGGCAAGGUAUGGCACGGCAGGACCGCACCACACCGGCGGUCACGGUUCGACGGAGACAGCAUGCCUUCAGAGGUGUUGUUGUCCUGUCGUCUCGCCGUUCCGGCACGGUAUUGGAACUCGUGAGUGCAGAGGCGAAGAGUACCGUACCAGAGCAAGUGCCGUGCUGUAAGUACGGUGCGAGUACCACGCCAAAAUCUUGCGCGUGUACAGCACCGUGUGGCGAUGUCGCCACUGACAGCAAAAUCAAGGUGACUGUCAAUGGAACAUGACUAUUGUUGCACCGGCGAAGGAAUCGCGAAUUUUAUGUUUUAGCCUUGCUUUGCAUGCAUUUUCGGUCCAUCACACCCAGAGGUGGAACGUACCGGUACCUUACCUCUUUCUGAGAUCCUCUUGCUUGGAAGUACAAUUAUUGCCUGUACGUGUACUCGUACUUCACUGGAACAAUUACGGCAUCAACAAAAGAACAACGGUGUCAAUGUGAGGAUAAAUACGUGGAACAACGAGAAUCACGAGUAGCUAGUGAAUAACCUCACUCUUUAUUGUAAACACCACUUAAACGUACAGUAAGGAGCAUGUAUACAUUUCAAUGAGCAUCCAUCGACUUACCUCGGCUCAUUAACCAUCAUCAGUAACAACUAGUUCAUUUCUACCAGUAUGUAUAUUUCGCAGUCAAAAGUCAAAUCAUUGUUACUGUUGUACGGUACUAGUCGACCAUAGACCGUACUGAACGAGUACGGUACGUACCGGACCGUACACCGAGAGGUAGAUAGUAACAUCUACCGGCCAGUGCGUAAUUUGGGAAUACUACAGCAGUAAUGUAUGUAUCGUAUGUAUGUGAGUACAGUAAGCAUAUGUUUAGUUCCGUCCUUCGUCUUUCGUCCUUGGUGUUGUACUGUAGAUAUGAGGAUCAAAUGCAACGGUAUUUUUUACCGUUCCAACCUGAUUACGUACGGUACUGGUACGAUUCGUAGCCUAAAGUACAGUAGAGAAUGAAGUACGAACUCUUGUCCUACCGUACAUACACUACGUACUCUUACUUUCAAAGUACGAAGAAGUACUUUCUACUUCUUGGAACCGUUACUGGUUUGACUUUCGAGCAUAAGGACUACUCCGACUAAUUGUGUAGCGAAUAUAUUCACGUCUAAAUGCAAGAAAUUCGCGUCCAAGUGUAAUGAAUCAGCCACCUCAUGAACCGAAAUCUGCGCUCUGUAAGUGUAGCAUUUCGUUAAGUGAGUCGAGAUUGGGAGCUCUAUCAGAUCCCUAAAAAAGCGCUAUGAAUCCGUAGCAAAAUGAGACAAUCAUAUUAUUAUUUCUAUUUUUAUUAGCGCUUGAAAUUCUUUAUUUUACCAGCGCGUGAAGAACCUUCAUUUCCAUUCCAUCCCCAAUAUUAUUCUGGGACGAUCAUCAUUGACUAUUUUACCACGCCGGGCACGCUACCAGGCAAUAGUCAGGCAAUAAGAAUGGUAACUUGCUGGCGACUGAAACUUUGGGGAGGGGACUAAGAGAAUCUAAUUAUUAUAGAAAAUAUUUAUGGUAAAAUGGUAGCUACCAGAUUCCGACUAGAAUUGCUACCAGAUUGCUACCAUAAUUGCUACCAGAUGGUAGCAAUUUUAGUCGCAAGAUGGUAGCAAUUCUGGUAACAAUUCUGGUAGCAAUAGUUUCUUGGAGGUUCCCGGGACUGCAAAUUGGUUUUAUGGACGUCUGUAGUACAAAAGCUGUGUAGAAAGCGCUGUAGAAAACAGCAGGUCAAGGGGGUACACUGUCCAUUUAGCAGUCCGGGAGCAUAAAUUCCUCUAUUUAUGCUCAAUUUUUAUGUGAAUUAAGUGUUUACCAUGACCGUUACCAGAAUCUGGUAGAAUUUAUGGUAGCAAUCCAGUCUACCAGAUGGUAGCUAUAAUUGCUACCAGAUGGUAGCUAUAAUUGCUACCAGAUUGCGACCAGAAAUGCUACCAGAUUGCUACCACAAACGCUACCAUAAUAUAUGCCGCGCUACCAGAAAUUUUUUUAAAAUUCUCCCAGCCCCCUCUUAAGUAUAAUUGUGUUAACCAGCGCCUUCUGGUUCCAUUCUAGUAGCGGGUCUAGUAGCAAAGAUACGUGGUAAAAUCUUCAAUGAUGAUCGUCCCUGGGCCCUUUUGUUAAAUGCGAGAUCUACAAUUUUAUCUUUCGCCCAUUGGCUCAUUAUUCUUAGUCAAGAAUCGCUAAGUGUUAUGGGCCGUUAAACGAUACCUACAGUACAAGAGAGCGAACGAAUGAUAAUCAGUUCAUGCGUACGAAAUAAACAAUAUGUUAUGCAUAUCGCGCGUCACACACGUUUCAUAGAAAACCCAAGGAACUAGAUUCCAUUCUGUUUGCCAGGACGAACGAACCACGAUGAGAAUCACAACGACGAACGGCAGAAGAAUUGUGAGUAUACGACUUGCAGCCGGAUUUCGGCAAGGGUUGUUUUUGCUGCUCACCUCGAUCGCGAUCACAAUGGCUGCCGAAGGCAUCGACGGUAUUGUCCUCUUUUCUGGAAACGGCAGCAUCAUCGCGGACGGCAGCACAGAAACUGCUAGCGGUGUCAACAUCACCGCGCAGCAACAUCAACACGACGCCGAUGCGAAUGGGUGGGUGCAAGAGUUGCCCCCCGGGACCGCUUGGGAGGAUAACAAGCCGCUGAUUCUAGGGAUCACGAUCUCUUCCGUGAUUCUGCUGGUGUGCAUUCUCGGCCUGACCAUCCUGGACCGGGCAAAGAUGAGGAGGCGAACCAAGACGGAUGUCGUGCAAUGCAGUAAUGUGCACGCCGUGCCGUGCCGUCCAAUUCAAACGAACGAAAAAUUUGGCACAACGCAUCAACGAAUGGCGCAAAUAGAGAGCAAAGUCGCCCUCUAGCGUUCGACAUCUACGAAUACCGCAACUAGAGAGCGCCCUCGCCAGAUGUAUUACACCAUGGUUCGACCCAGAGACCUAUAUGCAAUGACGCUGCCGUGCCCAAAGCAAACGGAUAACAGAACGAAACUUAAUUGAACGGACUGCAACACGAAACGACAUUACAGGAAUAGAACAACACGACAUGACAUAUCAUAGUACAAUGGAGCAGUGGCCACAGAAGAAGACAUCAAUCAAAAGAAAAUUAAACAAAUCAUAACUUAGUUA